UUAGCGGGUUGCCCAGAGCUUCUUGUGAGAGUGGGAUCAUACUUGAGAGAGUAGAAGCGAAUAGAGCAAUACAAGGGCUUUCUUUUCCAGAUAUAAGAAGACCACGAAGAGCAAAAUUCGAAAAUAUACCGAGCGUUGGAGGAAGCUGAAAGGGAAAAUAAAUUGGUCCCAAUCAGAAGCCCGAAAAUUCGAUCGGCCUGCUUAUCACUUUUUUUCUGGCUCCGAAUUUCUCGCCGCCUCCGCCUUCUCCGCAAACAUUUCCUGCUCCUAUGACAGCUUGCCUCAUUGAAGCUUUUGUUCCGCGGCUUUUCGUUUGGUUGUAGAUUAUUUUCUUCUCUUAUGCCAUGAGGAACCUUCAAUCGGGCCUUCUUGCCCGCCGCUCGUGGGUGUGCAUGCAAUGCCGUCGCGCUAGUUCAUCCCCCGUUUCGGCAGCGUCGCAUAACAAGAAGACGAAACUCCCCGAUUUCCCAGCCAGGACUCGUUUCGCCCCUUCACCAACCGGAUACCUUCACCUCGGGUCACUGCGAACAGCAUUGUUCAACUACUUGCUGGCGAAACGGACCGGUGGUCAGUUCUUAUUGCGGAUUGAGGAUACGGAUCAGAAACGGACGAUUCCCGACGCGGAACAGAGGCUUUACGAUGAUCUUCGAUGGGCUGGAUUACAAUGGGAUGAAGGUCCUCUUGUUGGAGGCUCUUAUGGUCCGUAUAGGCAGUCCGAACGAACAGCUACCUAUCGCAGCCACGCCAAUGACCUGAUCCACAACGGCCACGCAUACCGGUGUUUCUGCUCCGCGGAUCGACUCGACACACUUGCAAGGCACCGUAGCCAGGCAGGUCUUUCUCCGGGGUAUGAUAGAAAGUGCGCGGAUAUAUCAGCCGAAGAGUCGGAAGAUAGGGCGGCUAAGGGAGAGUCACAUGUUGUUCGACUUAGGGUUGAGGGAUACCCAGCGUUCGAGGAUCUCGUCUAUGGCAAAACGGGGCAAAAUCGUUCGCCGAAUAAGUUAGACCUCAUUGAACGUGUCUACGACGAUCCUAUCAUGAUCAAGUCCGAUGGGCACCCGACCUAUCACUUGGCCAAUGUUGUGGAUGAUCACCUCAUGGAGAUUACCCAUGUCAUUCGAGGCACUGAAUGGAUGUCUUCAACUCCACUACACGUCGCCUUAUACAAUGCAUUCAAGUGGACGCCGCCUCGUUUUGGGCAUGUCCCGCUGCUAGUGGACAAGUCUGGUCAAAAGCUGAGCAAGCGCAACGCUGACAUUGACUUGACAUUCUUUAAAGAUAAACAGGGGAUAUUUCCAGCUAGUCUAAUCAACUUCGCAGCCCUCUUAGGGUGGUCUCAUACCCAGAAGUCGGAUAUCCUUAGCCUAGAAGAGCUGGAAAGCAUUUUCAACCUGAAAAUCACUCGCGGAAACACAGUUGUCGCCUUCGAAAAGCUCUGGUUCCUUCAAAAAGCGCAUGCACAGCGUUUCGCCGCAAAUGGCGGCGCCGAAUUCGAUGACAUGGUCUCCAGCGUCUCAAAGGUCGUCGAAUCCUCAACAACUGCAGAGCAAUUGAAUCAAAUCCUCCAAUCCCGCCCCUUGUCCGGAAUAAUUGCUCCUCUCCUCCAAGCAGACGCCAAAUCAUUCACCAACGCCGACGAAUUCGUCUCCCGCAACGCGACCUUCUUCCAAACAACCCUAGCUCGCCCACCUUACACACCCACAAACCAAACAACACAAAUUCCCAUCUCAUCCCUUCACACAGCCUCCGUCGCACUGACACUAGUCCCAAAACAACAUUGGAACAUCGCAACUCACAAAUUCAACAUCAGCUCGUACGACGGCGCAAGCGCGGUUCUUGAAGAGAACCCGGCGCUCGCUGAGGCAGACGCAGAUGCGGAGAAAACCCGCAUCGCCGCGGACAAGGCCUUCAAGAAGGAACUAUACCACUACCUCCGCUGGGCUUUAUCCGCUGGGGCGCCCGGCCCGGGCAUUCCGGAGACGAUGGUGAUUCUUGGGAGAGAUGAGACGCUUAGGCGGUUGUCAGAGGCAAGAGAGUUAACGAUGAAGAAGGGUGCCAGGAGUCCUGUUGCUGAGAGGCUGGUGAGGGAUAAGGCGAAGGCUAAGGGGCAAGCACAGGAUAGGGAGGCGGAUCGGUCGUGGAUGGGGUCGCUUGCGCCGCGCACGUAGGCUUUGUAUACUAUAGAAGCUACUUUCUACGCCUGUCCAUGUGCUUGCGUCAAAAUUCGUUAUAGAUCAUGUGUCACUAUAAACAACCGUAUGAAGAGCAUUAUUCACAAAGACUUUCAAGUCUAUACACCAGGGGUGCACAGUCUAACCAAUCAAUCGCCGCUACAACCAGUAGAUCACGAGGCCAUUCAUCUCAUCCCUCUAAACAAGUCUGCGACCUACCCCAUCCAAUUCCCCGUACCACUUCCCAUCCCCAAAAACUCCAUGGGGGCCGGCUGCCCAUUUGCCCAACCUCCCAGGAUAGCAGACAUACCCUCGGCCUCAGAGUACGUAAACUGAUCAAGCAUGUCAACCUCGGUCGUGAAGUAAUCCUGCAGCGAAUUCGGGUCAAAGACUGAUGUGUUCCCCGUAUCACUAAGCAGAAGCAGCGAGUCAUCUUGCCUGUUAUAUGUUCCGAGAAACGACGAUGCCCGGGACUCGAUGAGGCUGCGUGCAACGCGUGCGAAGAUAGUGCAUAUCUGGUAAAGACGUCCGCAGGCUUUUGAGGUGUCUUUCACCGGGUAGAGCGUGCGUACGACGUCUUCGAGGAGCUGAGUGUCUUCUAGACUGCUAGAAGCUAUGGCGUGCAGGAAGAUGACGAUGAAGGGGGUGAAGGAGGAGUAGAG